UUGGGGGACCGUGGGUGAACAAGUGGUUGGGCAAAAGGUGCAACACUCCAGCACGAGCUGAACGGACCAAUGCCCUACGUUGAGAGAUUGGAAAUAACUAUAUAAGGCCGAAUUGGUGGUCAACAUGCCUUCCCCCCCCUCCUCGCUCCCCAGGAACCCAUGAUGGCGACGCCCCCUAAACGGCGGGCUUUGGAGGCCCCGGCGGAGAAAGUACUGCGUUAUGAGGCCUUUAUCAGUGACGUACUGCAUCGGGACUUGCGAAAGGUGCUGGACCAUCGAGACAAGGUAUAUGAGCAGCUGGCCACAUACCUCCAACUGAGAAAUGUCAUUGAGCGACUCCAGGAAGCUAAGCACCCGGAGUUAUAUAUGCAGGUGGAUUUGGGCUGUAACUUCUUCGUUGACACAGUGGUCCCAGAUUCCUCACGCAUCUAUGUGGCCCUGGGAUACGGUUUUUUCCUGGAGUUGACACUGGAAGAAGCUCUCAAGUUCAUUGAUCGUAAGAGUUCUCUCCUCACAGAGCUCAGUGACAGUCUCACCAAGGACUCCAUGAAUAUCAAGGCUCAUAUCCACAUGUUGUUAGAGGGACUUAGAGAACUGCAAGGCCUGCAGAAUUUCCCAGAACAACCUCACCAUUGACUUUGUCCCAUCCUCUGGUAUUAAAAACCUGAAUGCCUUGGA